AUGGUUCGUAAUUAUAUUCGGAAAUCAAACAGACAAUCAUGGUUGGAAGAUGAUAUGAAAAUGGCUAUAUUAGCUGUGGUGGAAAGAAGUAUGAAUUAUGAUGCUGCGUCUAUUCGUUAUGAAGUUCUUCGUUUAACGUUACAGGAUCGAGUCAAAAAAGUUAAAGAAGGAAAAUUAAAUGUACAACAGUGUGGAUUAAAAAAUUUAGGACAUUAUCAAAAAGUAUUUUCAAUCGAAUAA